AUGAAUUUAAUUCAAUUUGAUACUCUAUGUCAUGAUUGUUGUUAUUCUUAAACAGUCGAAGUACUCUACAUUUUUAUUGCUUUAGAAAAAAUAAAUAGCCGAUUAAACAAUUUAUCAAUGCAUAGAAGAUAUAAGAAAUAUUGAUGGGUUAUAUUAAAUUAUUACUCAAACUCAGUCUGGUUCUACAUUAUUUGUUAUAUCUGAAUUCAUAGCUAAAAUUAUAGUUUCCGAAAGAUAAUUCAUAGGAUUUUAAGUUCCUGAGCUUACUUCUUAAGAAAUUCAAAUUAUUGUAGGAUAAUGUUAUACAGCUGAUGAAGUCUAAAUCUUAUAUUAAAAAUGUAGAGUAUAUGAAACUUUAGUAACUUUAUUCUGUCAAACUUUAUUAAGAGAAUUAGCAACUCAUGAAUAAAACUCUAUAUGUAAUCUUGUAGGAUUAUUAAUUCAAUAAAUAAUGAUGUUGAGUGGAACAUAAUUUAUGAAAUUUUAAGAUAGACUUAAUAUAUUUUUUGAAGGAAAUUAAAUCUAUAAUCUUAGUAUUGGUUUGAAAUUGAUACAGAAUGUGAUUCAAUGUCUAUAGUAAUAUUCAUCAUAUGAUUCUUAUGUUUCUUAUAGAAGGAUUAUGUUAGGAUUCCAGAAUUAAGAAAUUUUUAAUUGUUUUGAGAUAGUUUGUAGAAUUGUAAAAAAUAGUCCUCCUUAACUUUAUAAAUAAUCUUUAAGUACAUUAAAGGACAUAUUAAUGUUUAAUUUUAAUGUGAGUUAUUUUGAAUUGGAAUCUGAUUUUGAUCCAAAUGAUUAGAAUAAUGUUAGUGUAAGAAUAGAUCUAUUACUUAUAGUUUCCAGAUAGAUUUGCAGAAUAUUUUACAGAUCAAUAAUUUUUAGAAUUACUAUUUAAGUUGGUGGAGACUUAUUGCAAUAAAGAUAGUUCUUUGGCUUUAUUAGCUUUGAAAUCAUUAAAAAGAAUGGCAUCAUCAAAAAAGAAGAUUUUUCGAAAUAAAGAUAAAAAGAGAUACUUUGCAAAAGAAUUGUAUGCAGGUUGUACAAAUUUAUUUUUAAAUGUAUAAUCAACAAAUGAAGAAAUCAUAAGUGAUAUAUUGGAGUUGAAUAUAAAAUUAAAUAAUUGUUUUGGUUUAAGAUAAAUAAGAUUUGAUUAUGCUUUUAGUUAGAAAUGGCUUUAAUAUUUAUAAUAAUUUUGUAUUCAAAUUUUACAAAAAUAGAUGAAAAUAAAAGAUCCUCAUAUGUACUAAAUGAUAGAAUUAAUGAAGAGAUUAUUAAAAUUCAGAACAGAUUUUAAAUUGGAUACAAUAUUUAAAACUUCAAUAUCUUAAACAGUAAAUGAAGUAGGGAAGUCUAUAAUACAUCUAUUAUUGAAUUCUUAGAAUUCAUUUUUUCAAGGUUAUACUCCUUAAAAUCAUAAGAAAUUGAAGAAUACUCUAAAAGAGUUUUUUGAGAAUUUAUUUCCAAUUUUAGAUGUUGAUUUGGGGAAUCAUAUAAAGAUGAUAUAUCAUUCAUUCAAGAAUGCAGCAUAAGAUUAAGACAAAUUCAUAAUAGAAUUAAGUUUAAUAAAUUAUAUUGUAAUAAAUCCAUUGAUAUUGAAUAAUUCUACUUAAGAUAUGAUAUAAUUGAUUUAGACUAUAAUAAAGGAUUCUUUAUAAUUCUUAUCAAUACCUAAUAUAAAUCUGCCACCAUUAGUGAUAAUGUCAACAAUGUCAUUGGCUGAUAAUUUAUUUUAGUUUGCUUUAAGUGAAUCAGAUGACUCUAUAGGGAGAUAAAGAUCUAAUAAGAUCUUCUUUGAUAUUUGUCUCAAACCUAUAUAAACGUAACCUUAAUAGGCAACUAAUCAAUUAUUAUAAUAUAUAGCAAUGCAAUUAUAGAUUCAAAAUAAGGAGAUAAUUGAAUAUGCAUUAAUAAUAAUGAAAGAAACUGUUGUGAGAUUGAAACAUCAUUUAUAUAGUGAAUCCUUCUAAUAAUCAAAUGUAGUCAAUUAAAUAAAAAAUGUGUUACUGAAUCUUAAGAAUUCUGCAUUGUAAUAGGAAUAAUUUUUUAGUUGUCGUACUUUGGCAUCAGAAAUCAUAUCAAUUCUUUUAUUCGAUUCAGCUUUUGAAAAUUAUAUAGAAUCAAUAGUAUAAUUGAAUUAAUUAUUAACUAUUUAACCUACAUCCUAAUCAAUUCAAAUUUAUUUAUAUGAAAUGCUUGGUUAUUUUAAACAUGUUGAUGUUAGUAAGAUUUUUAGAUUAUUGAUCAAAUAACAUUUAUUAAAAAUCUCUGAUUUAACUAGAUUUAUUUUAAUUGAAAAUCCUCAAUAAUUCUAACUUUGUAAAUUAUGUCUUAAAUUGAUGGUAGCCAUGACAGAGAAUAAGAGUCUUAGAUUUCAAUAUCAUAGUUCAUCUAUUGUUUAAAUUGAAUUGGUUAGAACAUUUUAAGGAAUUCUAACAAGUUAUGUUUAACAUCUAACUAUAGCAAUUUAAGAUGAAAAAGUUAAAUCAGAAUAUUCUUCAUAAAUCUGUAGAUUAGUUGGAUUAGUCUACAAAGUAAUGAAUAACAUUCUUAAAGGUAAAUAUAUAUCUUAAGCUUGUUAAUUAUUAUUUGCAGAUCGAAAAUAUUCAGAUUUAUUAAUUGCUAUAUUAGAUAUCUCAUAUAAAAUAUCUAAUUAUAUGAUGGUAAUCAAUUCUUUACUAUAAAUAGCUUUACAAUAAAGCCUGUUUAUAAAUGAUUCAAGUUCUUCAAGUUGUUAGUUCAUAAUAAUUAUAACUAUUUGAAUUAAGUCCAUAGUCUUUAUCCAUAAUGUUGAGUAUAAUAGAAAAUCUAUAGAAAUAUCUAUUGCAACAAUAGUCUUAAGAAUACAAAACAUAAAAAUGUUCAUCAUACCAUUAACCAGCAAAUAAAAUAUCAUUAGAUUAGACAACAGAUAUAGUUAUUUGUACUUUAGAAUUCGUUUCUGAAGAAUAGUAACUUACAUAAUUAGGAGUCAUUCAAUCUUUUGUCUUACCUCUUGAUUCAAUUAUAGAUAAUAUCUUAAAUGAUCUAAUUAUUUGCUUGAUCUAAGCAAAAUGUUCUUAGGAGACAUUCAACAAAAUUAAUCGAUAACUAUUUGCAAUUAUGUGUACAUAUUAUCAAAAUUUUGUUAAUGUUUUAAGUAAACAAUUUGUCAAAUCUGAAUAACAAUUAAAUUAAGCAUUGAUUAAUGUUUUAACCAAAGAUCUAGAACUCAAAAUCAAAUAACAAAAUUAAGAAUAGUUUAAAAAAAAUAUGCCUUCGUUUUUAUCUUAAUUUGGAAUUAUAUGA